AUGUCUCUGGCGUCGACGAGCUGUUACUGGCCAAAUGGACAACUGGUGACCCAAUACAACUACCAACCUUGCAACGCUGGCAGCGAUCCUAAGCACGCGGCGUGUUGUGAUCUGCGCACGAGCGUCUGCACUCAAUUUGGAUACUGCUUCGGCAACGCGAAUUACAUAUAUCGCGGAGGAUGCACCGACUCGACUUGGUCAUCGUCGAGUUGUGCGCAGGCUUGCAGUUUUGAAGUCGAGGCGGAUCUGUCCAAUUUUGCCAACAUCUACGAUUGCGGCAAUGGGGUUGGCAUGGCGACUCAGAAUCAGAGCUGGUGUUGCGCGUCGCAGGAUGGUUCGAGCUGCUGCCAGAACCGUUUCGAGGUCUCGUUUGGCCAGCCGUAUUUCCCGACGAGCACCACAUCCACCACCACAGCGAGCACUUCCACAACGGUCUCCUCCAGUGCGAAAACGAAUUCGACGACCGCCGCGACCACCGGCUCUGCUGCAUCGACAACGCCGAGCCCAGCCCACGAUAGCAGCACACGGUCAAUCGGUAUAGGCGUGGGUGUGGGUGUCAGUAUUGGUGCUUUACUUGUCGCCAUAAUGGCGUUCCUGAUAUUCAAAGAGCGCAAGAGGAGGGUAACAGCGGAGCAGAGGUUUCAGGCCAUGACAGUAGCUGGUGCUGGUGCUCACGACCCUUUUUCGGUCGCAAAACCGGAGCUGGAGCAGCCAUCGUACAACAGCGCUCGAGUGCCGUACGCUAGGAUGCACGAGGCAAACUCGCAGUCGUUAUACGAGGUCCAAGGAUGA